GAGCCUCACGUAUUGGACGAAUGCGAUAUUUCUCCUGAAGUUAGAGAAGCACUUCUGGAAGACAUUAGGAAGAAACUCACUCCACAAGCCGUCAAGAUUCGAGCCGAUAUAGAGGUGUCAUGUUUCUCUUAUGAUGGCAUUGACGCCAUCAAAGAAGCACUAAUUGCUGGCAAGAAUUGUUCAACAGAGUCGAUGCCGAUUAAGAUCAAUCUCAUCGCUGCUCCACAUUUUGUCGUCACGACACAGACGCUUGAUAGAGAACAUGGUCUCACUGCUGUCAAUGAUGCGCUGGAUGUUGUUAGGCAGACUAUAGAAAGAUAUGGAGGAAAAUUUGCUAUCAAAGAGGAGGCUCGCGUCGUCACCGAUGUUGACGACAAUGACAUUAAGAAAAGGUUGGAGCUGGCUGAACUUGAGGAAGAGGAAGGGUCUGAUGAAGACGAAGAUGAAAGUGAGGAGGAGGAUCAGGAUGGUAUGGUGGCGCCGAAGGGUCUUGACCAGCAAGCGGACGCUGAAGAUGCGAUUCGUGCUGCAAAAAAGAAGGAGAAAGCUGAAACAGGAGAAACAAAGAACGAGAAAGGAGACAGUGCUGAUGAGGAAAGCGAAUAA